AUGGCGGCACGUCGCGCGUUUGCGUUCAAGAAGUUUUGCAAGCCUUCCCAAUACCUGCAAAUACGCUCCUACACGCCCUCACAUGUACGAUCAUACGAGGAUCCGUGGACGGAGGAAAAGCCGGCACAGAGGAAGACAGGCAUCCAUCCCGACGAACUCGAAGAGCUCCUAGCAAAGCCCACCUGGUCCGUCGAGUCCCUACUACCACCAAAGACGCGCGCUCCCGACGCCCCCCAGAUUACCUCUCAACAACUACAUCAUCUUCUCCGCCUAUCAGCCCUCCCGCCACCCGAAACGCCCGAACAAGAGCAGAAGAUGCUAGACACACUAGCAGCGCAAUUGCAUUUUGUGGGCAAGAUACAGGAAGUGGAUACAACGGGUGUGAAGCCGUUACGGGCUAUACGGGAUGAGACGAUGGCUGCAGAAGAAGAGCAGACAAUCACGUUGGAGACGCUGAGGGAUGCUUUGGAUAAAGAGAAGGUUAUAGGACAGCAUCACAAGCGGCUUCAACGGGAUACUACGCCUGUGGAUGCGAAGGAUGUUGAGGACUGGGAUGUUCUGGGCUCGGCAGAACGCAAAUCUGGCAAAUACUUUGUGGUAGAAAGCGAACGGCCGCAGGAAUGA